GCUUCAAAUUGAAGCUCCCAUGCAUGAAAAACGAUAAAACCAGACGCUGAGGCCUCAACAACCCCAUCUCCCCCCAAAUAAAGAAAACAGAAACAAUUAUCCAUAGAGAUUAACCCGUUGACCAAAUUCCUCUGUUUUCCCCUGUUCUAUCUCAAUUUUGAAACAGAGGAAAACACAGCCAAUUUGAAUACCAUGCGAUUACCAAUCUUAACCCCUCAAAGCCCUAUUUUCACAUUCCUUAUAAUCUAUGCUUUCCUCUUCUCUUCCUCUAUUUCAGAACCCCGAAUCUCCGAGGCCGGUCGAUUCUGUGGACAUGCCAAGCAUAACUCCAGCAGCAACUUCAUUCCAAACUUCAUAACUGUAAUGGACUUCAUCUCCAAUGAUGUCAAUGCAAAACGCUGGGGUGAGUACACUAUUGCGUCACCUGCACCGGAGGUCUACGCCUUUGCUCAAUGCUACGAUGACCUCUCACCUAUCGAUUGCGCCGCUUGCUUUGCAGUGUCUAGAACAAAGCUCCCUCUGUGCCUUCCCUCUACCUCGGCACGUAUAUAUCUUGACGGAUGCUUUCUUGGCUAUGAUGACCACGAGUUCUCCCACCAAUCUUUGGAUGAAGAGCACAAGAAUGUGAAGUGUAGCGGCUCAGCAAUCGAUGUUUCGAAGUCCAAAACAGAAGAGUUUGCUAGAAAGGUUGAGGAUGUGAUUGGAAAUGUGACAGAAAAGGCCGUGAGCCAUGAAGGGUUUGGUGUGUUUGAGCAGAGAGGAGGGGUGGAGAAUGUGUAUGCAUUGGCACAGUGCUGGAAGACAAUCAAUGAAAGCGGGUGCAGAGAGUGCUUGGAAGAAGCAGGGGCUAGCCUCCGUCGGGAAUGUGUGCCUGGGGUUGAAGGCAGGGCUAUGUUUGCAGGGUGUUAUCUGAGGUAUUCUACUGAGAGGUUCUAUGGAAUUGAAUCUGAUUCAGAAGAUUGUGGUGAGGCUGGUUUCAAUGUUUCUUUCUCUCUCUCUUUUGAAUUUUUAUGUUUGCAUUGGGUUUUGAUAAAGCGGUCUCUUUUUCUUGUGCCAUGUUUUUUCUCAGUUAAAGUGGAACAUAUUGUUGCUACAAUUUUAUCUGCCAUGGUCCUUUGUUUGCUUGCUUUGUUUGGAGCUGUUAUGGCCUACAAGAGAUUAUCAAAGAGAAAUGAAGUGUACAAUGGUCCUAUUCAGAUAUCAAUUUCUAUACACAAGAAUAAUCUGAAUUUCAAGUACGAAAUGCUCGAAAAGGCCACCAAUUUCUUCGAUGCCUCGAGGAAAUUAGGCCAAGGAGGAGCUGGUUCUGUGUUUAAGGGAGUUCUUCCAGAUGGGAGAACUGUUGCAGUUAAAAGAUUGUACUUCAAUACGCGGCAAUGGGUGGACGACUUCUUCAAUGAGGUGAAUCUCAUCAGCGGAAUUCAACACCAGAACCUUGUUAAGCUCUUAGGUUGCAGCAUUGAAGGUCCAGAAAGUCUUCUGGUGUAUGAAUAUGUACCCAACAAAAGCCUUGACCAAGUCCUUUUUGAUAAGGACACACUGCAUAUUCUAAGUUGGAAACAAAGAUUUGAUAUCAUCUGUGGAAUUGCUGAGGGGCUUGUGUAUCUUCAUGGAAGUUGCGGAGUAAAAAUUAUUCAUAGGGACAUAAAAGCCAGCAACAUUCUGCUUGAUGAGAAUCUCAUUCCAAAAAUUGCUGAUUUUGGGCUUGCCAGAUGUGUUGGUCCUGAUAAAUCUCAUCUUAGCACAGGAAUUGCGGGUACAUUGGGAUAUAUGGCUCCUGAAUACCUUGUCCGAGGACAGUUAACAGAUAAGGCUGAUGUUUAUGCCUUUGGUGUUAUGGUUCUUGAGAUUGUGAGCGGCAGGAAGAAUCGUGUUUUCGCAGAGGGCUCAAGUUCAAUUCUCUACGCUGUUUGGAAGCAUUACAAGGCAAGAAAUAUUACUGAAGCUGUUGAUCCCAUCUUGAAAGGGGGAUUCCCGGAGAGAGAGGCAUCCGAUGUACUUCGAAUCGGGCUUCUGUGCACACAAGCUUCUCUUGCAGUGAGACCAUCUAUGACUGAAGUGGUUCAGAUGCUGACUGAUAAAGAAUGUGUCAUCCCUUCACCAAAGCGGCCUCCAUUCUUGAAUGCUAGCAUACUUAGUUCAGAUGUCUCCAGAACUUCUAUGAAGUACUUUUUGUCACAACCAAUAGAUGGAGAGGGGUCUCCUCCUCGAAAGUCGUUCACCGCUAUGCCCUGCAACGAUUGAAGCAUCUGAACCAAGGUAUAAGAUAGGAUGCAACCUGCAUCUGUAGUGGGUGAAAUGCUUGAAUUGAAAGCUUUGUAAUUACAAUCAAUGCAAAUUCUUGUAAAUAAAUGAGGGAACCUUGUGUUAGACAUAGAAGAUUUUGCAAUGUAGGCUAGUAGAUGUAGUUCUCCUCUUUUUCUCUUUCUUUGUAACUUAUUUUGGUUCUUGUGUUUGUGUCCUGUGAUGAGUAAUUUCUUAAUGAGACAGUCACACCGCCACGUGAUGUUACUAA